CGCCUUCCCAGCUGGCCGGCCAUGCGCAACGGGCUCGGGCGAAGGUGGCGCCCGUUUGCGGCGGCCGCGCAGACGCCGCUUGCAUCUAAUGGAGGGGUCCGGAGACGACGAGGAACCGGUUUGGCUUCUGCCGGAGCCCGCCGGCAGCCCUGGGAGAGAUCCUUUUGCUGCUGGAGGAAGAGUCCCAUCUUGCCAUGGCAAAGUGGCAUCAGCGGGAAGCUCUCAGCACAGAAUCAUUGUGCACCUUGACCUGGAUUGUUUUUAUGCGCAGGUGGAAAUGAUCUGCAAUCCUGAAUUAAGAAGCAAACCUUUAGGUGUGCAACAGAAAUACCUGAUGGUCACCUGCAAUUAUGAAGCCCGAAAUGCUGGAGUCAAGAAGUGCAUGUCUGUGAAAGAAGCCAAAGAAAAGUGUCCAGAACUGGUGCUGGUUAAUGGAGAGGAUCUGACAAAAUACCGGGAAAUGUCUUAUAAGUUUACAGCACUGUUGGAAGAAUUUACUCCCCUGGUGGAAAGGCUUGGAUUGGAUGAAAAUUUUGUAGACAUCACUGAGAUGGUCGAAAAAAGGCUGGGACAAUGGAAAAAAGAUGCCUUUUCUCAAAUCUCUCUCUCAGGCCAUGUAUAUAACAAUCAGACUGUCGAUUUACAUGAUCCAGUGCACAUACGAUUGGCUGUGGGGUCUCAGGUGGCAGCGGAGUUGAGAGCAGCCAUGCACAGCAGGCUGGGCCUCACAGGCUGUGCAGGAGUGGCAACUAACAAAUUACUCUCCAAGUUGGUGUCCGGGACCUUUAAACCAAACCAGCAAACUGUUCUGUUGCCGGAGGGUCGGCAGGACCUCAUGAACAGCCUUGACAACGUCAUGAAAGUGCCUGGUAUCGGCUAUAAAACAGCAAAGCGCCUUGCGACGCUGGGACUCACCAUGGUGCGUGACCUUCAGACGUGCCCGGCUGCGAUCCUAGAGAGAGAGCUGGGAUCUUCAGUUGCCCAACAUAUCCAGAAGCUCAGCUGGGGAGAAGAUGAUUCCCCAGUCAGCCCAUCGGGGCUCCCUCAGACGCAGUAUCUCAAAGGUGAUUUCACAGCAUGCAAAAUCUUAAAGAACAAAGACAGUUGGGUGAAAAAUCAGCCCGUGCAGAAUGUGCAGUCUCUCAGUGAUGAAGACUCCUUUAGAAAGUGCUCUUCCGAAGCCGAAGUGAAAAAGAAAAUUGAAGAGCUGCUCGCUAGCCUUCUGGACAGGUUAUACAAGGAUGGAAGAAAGCCACAUACCAUAAGAUUAACAAUCCGGCAGUUUUCCCCUACCAAUAAAUGGUUUAAUCGGGAGAGCCGCCAGUGCCCCAUUCCAUCGCAUGUGGUCCAGAGGAUUGGAACAGGUGACUCCAAAGUCAAGACACACCUGGUUGCUCUCCUGAUGAAACUGUUUCAUAAGAUGAUAAACGUGCAACUUCCAUUUCAUCUGACGCUUCUGAACGUCUGCUUCUCCAGCCUCAAGGCCCCUCCUGCUUCCGCCAAGCAGACUAUUGGGUUUUAUUUAACUCGUUCACCACCCUCUUCCAGCUGCAGCAAAGUCAUUCAUGAAACAGAAGGUAUGGGUGCAGGACGAAUAAUUUCAGGAGAUAAGCUGGACUGCUGUGAAGCUUCAUCAGAGGUGAGGGAUGCUGUAAAAAGUCGACUGGAGUCCCCAGACCUCCCGAAAGAUACUGGCCUUCUUGAGUUCCCGCUUCAUUUGCUUCCUGAUGGCAUUGACUGCAACGUGUUUAACCAGCUUCCAGCAGACAUUAAGGAGGAGAUUAUUUCUAGCCAAAUGAGAGGAGAUUCUAUAGCAUCUCUACAGGAACGAACAUUAUGGGUCCCAAGGGAAGGAAUGCCAGCUAAGGCACAAGACCAAAUGAGCCACGCGUCUCAGGACAUAACCUCUUUGGCAUGUGGGGGCAUGGCAUCCACCAACGACAAGCCACCGCUAGCUGUAAACACUUGUACUCCCAGCUGCCCUCUAGAGACUGGCGAAAAUGCCUCAAUUGCUGACGCUACUGUGGGUGUUAAAAGCUCGCCCCCAGUUCCAUCUCAGCCUUCAUUUCUGCAGCUUUGUAUUCCAGAGGGGCAGAAACACCCAGACAAAGAAGCCAGCAACGAAGGUUGGAAAGACGGUUCAAAACUUGUCCUCCCUCCCAAUAUCGAUCCCCAAACCUUUUCCGAGUUGCCUACAGAGAUGCAGAAGGAACUGUUGGUGGAGUGGAAGAGCCAGGAGCCUGCCUCCAAGCUGCGGGCUGGCAAAACUCAAAACAGGCUCAAAAGGGAAAAGAAAGCCCCCCACUCAAACAGUUUAUUAAGAUAUUUUAAACCCAAAUGAUCACCAAAUACACUGGGUUAUCAAUUCUAGGAUGGUGCCAUUUCUGACAGCAACUGGAGAAGAGGGCUUGUUUUGUUUUGUUUUGUUUUGUUUUGUUUUGUUUUGUUUUGUUUUAGUGCACCCUCAAGUUAAAUACAUAUAUAACCUUCCUGCACAUGGACAACUAGCUCUUGUCUAGCCUUCUCCCCGAUGUGCAACUUUGCUACAUGAUAAGGGUUUGCUUCUUUAAUAUGUUGGGAGUGCUCAGAAAAUGCAGCUACCCACAUGCUAUCUGCUAUAAUUGGGAAAGAACCUGACCAUGUGAUUUUGAUUUGUGCAAGUGAGCUCUAAUCCAAAAUCCCUUUUCUCUGAAAUGUAAAUUUCUUAAAACUCUGGAGAAGAGGUACAAGAAAGGGAAGUGUGUGGGGGGGGGGUUAAAGGAACACCCCCCAGGAAAUAUUGCUCCCCCUACUCUCACCGUCAAGCACAUUGUGGUGAUGAGAUUUCUGACCUCUGAAAAGACAGGUGAGAAUAUGGGAUGGGCGAGGAAAAGCACGUAACAGGAGACAUGAGACAACAGACAUGAGCAGAUGGAAGUUGGUGGACCCAGAUCCUCUGGUAAGGCAGGGAGAUUCAGAAAUCCAUUUUUUUUCCAUUUCCAUCCUCAAAGUGGGAGUAGUUGACACAAACACAACCAGAAUUCUUUGUUCAUAAACACAAUAAAGUGUGUUAUUAAC